AUGUCGGAAAAAAUCUCACAUCCGAGCACCACCUCCGUAGUUGAGGCUGGCAAGGUCGACAACCAUGAAGAUCAUGCAGCACUUGAAGCGAGGCUUCGAAAGAAGUUUGACUUCAGAAUUCUGCCAAUUGUAACUGGCAUAUUCCUACUUGCCUUCAUUGAUAGGGCCAAUGCGGGCAAUGCCCGAAUUCUCGGUAUGGCAAAGGAUUUAGAUCUCCGUGGAUAUCGGUUCAACAUCGCAAUGACGGCAUUCUAUUGCAGUUACAUUGUUCUUGAAAUUCCGGCGAACAUGAUGUGCAAAUGGCUAGGCCCCAAGAUAUGGCUGUCCUUCCUGAGUUUCGGAUUCGGCGUCGUCACAAUGUGCUCAGCAUUCGUCACAUCAUACGAAGGUCUCGUUGUGAGCAGAGUAUUUCUCGGUGCCCUCGAAGCAGGUAUCAUGCCUGGAAUCAGCUUCACACUUUCUCAAUUUUAUCGGCGCCAUGAGCUUGCCACCAGAGUCGGCUUUUAUGCAAGCGUUUCGCCUCUAAGUGGCGCAUUCGGUGGCCUCCUAGCUACUGGCCUCUCCAGAAUUCCCAAAUGGGGCAUGAUCGAAACGUGGAGGAAUAUUUUCUUCUUCGAGGGUAUCCUUUCCAUCAUCCUUGGCGCGGUAUCGUACAUCAUGUUGCCAAAAUCGCCUGCGACUGCAUCUAUACUCACGCCAGAAGAGCGGACUUACGCUACUUGGCGUAUUGCCGAGGAGACAAAGUCUCACGUCCCCGAAAAGACUUCCAUGAAGCACUUCAAAAUGGCCGUUUGCAACGUCAACGUCAACAUUAUGGCUUUUGCAUGCAGCUGCACCUUCCUAACGAUGACAUCACUGUCGAUUUUCCUUCCCUCUAUCCUUAACAGCAUGGGAUACAGCGCAAUCAAUUCCCAACUAAUGUCCGUUCCGCCAUUCGCCUGGUCCACAAUUGUCUGCCUGACCAUCGCGUAUACUUCUGACCGCACCAAGUCUCGUGGUAUCUGGCUUUUGACGGUCAUGCCAUUUACCGCAGCCGGGUUUUUGGUCUUGAUUCUGGUCACUAAGCCUGCUGUCCGCUAUUUUGCGACCUUCCUCGCACUCACUGGAGCUUUCACCUGCUCACCUAUGUUGGUGGCUUGGACGGUCGACAACACUGCUGGCCCCAACGUCCGUGCUGUAAGUUCUGCGUAUGUCGUUAGUAUCGCAAACUUGGGCGGCAUUGUGGCCACCUGGACAUAUCUGCUACCGGAUGCGCCGAGAUACAUCAAGGGCCAUGCGAUUAAUUUCGGAGCGGCAGUUUUAUGCUGUAUUCUGAUGACCGCCGCAACGCUAUAUCUGAGAUUGCAAAACAAGAAGAAGGAGAAUGGCGAGUAUGACUAUCUGUUGGAGGGGCUUGACGAAAGUGAGCAGGCUGCUUUGGGGCAUAAUCACCCCGAGUACAAGUUCACGCCAUAA